ACUCGUACCUUGUUCUGAUUGGUCGGUAGUUCAGGUAAACGUCUGUGGUGUCUCUUGGCGUGCACACGGGAAACGGCCUACAGAGAUACCUGUACGAAUGUACUCGAAAAUAUAUAAAUUUAAUUUACUAGUUAGGCUGUGAAACUGAACUGUGAACGUUUUCUAAACAAUUUUUAUGAAAUUUUAACUCGUUUUUGUGACGACGGUUAUUGUUUUCAACUUGUUCUGUUAAUAUAUUAUUUUCGUGUCGUACAUCUAUUCCAAAUGUGUAAAUGUGUAAAGUGAAUGUGUUUUCUCUGACAAAGUUACAGACAACCUAAUUAUUGAUAUUUUAUGAAUUCCAAUAGACUACUAUAAUAAUAUAACAUCAAUUUCCUUUAAAAUUGAUUCGAUAAAAACUUUUUUCAUUUAAAUUAAUUGUGAUGUGUUUACUACUGUAACUUUCUUGUGCAUUUAAGUGUAACUGACAUACUAACUAAGGUUAAGUUAACAAAAAUAAUCUGUGAUCUUUAUAAAAUUAUUCUAAAAAAAACACAUUGUUCGUACGUUUUAUCUCUAAAAAAACUUGUAAAAAAGUCCGAAACGCUAGUAAUAUAACGGAAUCUGCUUUUGCCCGAAUCAAACAGGUGUCACGUGGCAAAAUGUCGGAUUGUUUAUAAUUGGUUUGUAAAUAUGCCGUGUUAGUUCGAUUUUUUUUUGGAAAAAUUGCAGAUGAGUAUCAAGGGAUUAAAUAUGAUCGGUCCCCAUUACAUAUGUGUUUUGUAUGUAACUACAGCGGGUCUCCAGGGUCCUUUGAUGGGAUCUGACGAACAAGAAAUAGUUCUUCUCAUUUAUGUGAUAGUGGAUGUUAUUCAGAACAAGGUGGUAGGAGUUCAACAAUAUCCAAUAAGACCUCAAGUAGCAGAUAUUAACGAAAAUAUUCUCUCGACUGAAGUUAUCUCAGAAUCGGUUUUAACCGAUGAUAUUAUCAAAACAACUGGGAGACAACUAGAAGAUGUGCUCAACGAUUUUCAUAAUUAUUGUAAUAAUUUACAUAUUGAUCCACACAGUUCUGGAUUCCGGAUAGUCACAGAUGGACAAUUACCUCUACGACAAUGCCUUCAUCCAGAAGCGUGUAGAAAAGAUAUAGAUCUGCCGACAUAUUACAGCACAUUCCAUGACCUUAGGAAAGAAGUAGCGAAGUGUUUGGGAAGAAUGGAUGAUAUACCCCAAACUGUUUCUUCCAUGUUAGAAUAUUUAGAAAUAGAACCUGAACCUGAUAAUGAAUUUUAUAAGAGAGAAGCUAAAGAUAUGGUCAAUAUUGUCCAAAGACUCAUUUCCGUCGGACAUAGAUUCGAAAUACCAGAAAAUAUUCAUCUUACACUGGAGCCAGGAAUAUGUUCCAAAGACGAUGAAAUAGACAGCAAUUGUGUCGUAAGAGCCAGAGGAUUACCUUGGCAAAGUAGUGAUCAAGAUAUAGCCAAAUUUUUCAGAGGAUUAAAUGUUGCAAAAGGAGGUGUAGCUCUGUGUCUAUCGGCACAAGGAAGAAGAAACGGGGAAGCUCUAGUACGUUUUGUUAGUCAAGAACAUCGAGACAUGGCUUUGAAGCGACAUAAGCACCAUCUUGGUGCAAGAUGGAUAGAAGUAUAUAGAGCCACGGGAAAUGAUUUUCUUUCAAUAGCGGGAGGAUCUAGUUGUGAAGCACAAGCCUUUUUGUCGAAAGGCGCUGCUGUGAUUAUCAGGAUGAGAGGAUUGCCGUAUGAUUGUUCGGCAAAACAAGUAUUGGAGUUCUUCUCUGCCGGUGAAAACCCUUGCACUGUGUUAGACGGUGUAGACGGUGUGCUUUUCGUUAGAAAACCGGAUGGGAGGGCAACAGGAGAUGCGUUUGUUCUAUUUGCAAACGAAUCAGAUUCCCCAAAAGCUCUCUCCAAACAUAAAAAAUGUAUAGGCUCUCGGUAUAUCGAAUUAUUCAGAUCGACAACUGCAGAAGUGCAACAAGUUUUGAAUAGAUCAUCGGAUCCAAAAACGUAUGAACAGCAAGCUCCUCUUAUUGCUCAAAUACCACAAGUGCCUCUAUUGCCACAACAAUACAUAACUUCCGGAACUAGAAAAGACUGUGUUAGGUUAAGAGGACUGCCAUAUGAAGCCCAAGUCGAACAUAUUUUAGAUUUCCUAGGUGACUAUGCUCAGAACAUCGUUUUACAAGGAGUUCAUAUGGUAAUUAAUUCUCAGGGUCAACCCAGUGGUGAAGCCUUUAUUCAAAUGGACUCUGAACAAUCGGCGUUUAUGACGGCGCAACAAAAACACCAUCGUUACAUGAUAUUUGGUAAGAAACAACGGUAUAUCGAAGUAUUCCAAUGCUCUGGUGAGGAUAUGAAUCUCGUACUAACUGGAGGGAUACCCGCACCGGUUUCUCCAGCGAAGGCAACUCCAGCUCUUCUAAGUCCCGGUAUGUUACCUCCAAUAGCGCCUCUACCACCAACUAAUAUACCUCCCCCUCCUCCCCCUCAAACGGCCUCGGCCACUACUAUGUCUCAGAGUUUGGUUACGCAUACACCCCAUCAAUUUACUUGGGACAAUUCCGCGUUAUUCGCUCAACAACAAGCACAAAUUAUUGCACAACACAAUUUAAUGGCACGACAAAACCAAGCUCAACAAGCACAAAAUGAAAUGUUAUUGAUAAAUCACUUUGCGCAACAAAAUCUUGCCCUUUUCAGUCAAAACAUUUCACAAUUGUCUCCCAACGGUACACAGUCGACUGCUGCUGGUGUCCCAGUUAAUUCCGUCCUUAAAAGUCCUCAACACACUGUACCUCUUAUGCCUAUGGUCCCAACUCAUCCUUAUAUGAUCAUUCCUCCAAGAAUUCCUAUUGCAUUGCAAAGACCUCCUCCUAUGUUAUAUCCUCAGUUAUUACAGGGGCAAACGCCGGGUGUGAUGCCGGUGGUACCGCACGUGGCAGUUAAAAGAAGCUACGGGGAUGCUUUUAAUGAACAAGCCACUCCUGCUAAGAGGCCUUUUGCGCCUACUUCUUUGCCUGUUUAUCCCCCAUUCUAUCCUAACAUGUAAAAAGCAGCUCUCUGGUUGUGAAAUUAUUAUAUGAGGUUGAAAAGUUUUAUUGAGAUAAACACAAAUUUUGAUAUUUUUUGAUAAUAUUGAUGGUUGUAAAUAAUUAAAUACAAUUUUAUAAUAUCAAGGAAUGUUAUUGAUAAUAACGUACAAUUUUAGAAUUUUUGAUAGAGAAAAAUUGUUUCAGAAUGUGCUAUUAUGUGAGGAGGUCUUUUAUAGCCAUUUAAGUUAGUUUUGUUACUUUACAUUAUUAAAAAACAAGAAUGAAGCAAUAUGCUACCAGAUGCUGGAGUAGAGAAAAAAAUAAAAUUGAAUCUACUGGUUUUUCUCAAAAAGCAAUUUUUCCAAUAAACUUAUGGCUUAAAGUAGUGCUUCUUACACACUUUAUAUUAGUCCUGUAUUUAUCUAUUUACAUAUAUCUGUAUGUAACGAAAUUUUUGGAUAGGAUUUUCUCUGAUUCAAAAAUAUCGGAUGGAUCGAAAUUUUAUGAAUUUUUCCUACAGUCCAUGCCAGAUUCACAAGAUUAAAGAAAUUGAAGUUUGGUAUAGUAGGUUUCAGAUAUAUCCCCUUGUUAUGUUAUACCAAGAAAACCAUUGUGUAUAAAAAACUAAAGCAAUGAGCUUUAUUCGAAAACUGAACUAAAAAAUGAGAAAUAAUCUCAAUGUUCUUGGGUUAAAAUUAUUAUGAACAACCAAAUCGUCUUCAGCACAUUUAAAAUAAAACUAGAAUAAUCAACAAAAAAAUUUACGUCAAAGCUAGUGAUGCUAUAUAUCAAAUGAUGAAUACUAUGUCAAAAUUGGCCUUUUUCCAUAUAAAUCCAUUUUGAAAACAUGAGGAAAAACAGUUUUUUCUACAUAAACUCCUGUACAAAAUUAACGCACCACUUUAAUCUAAAUAUUUACAAUAUAAACACAAAAUAGAACUAAGUAAUUUGCAUUAUUUUUUCCAUAAAAGUUUGUUGUUGCUGGAAAUGCAUAAAUAAGCUAAGCUCAUACUUCUAAAUUGACAAAAAAUCAGUAAAAGAGAAUAAACGCAUAUGGGUCAACCCUAAUACCGCGUAGGCCCUCCUUUACUCAUUACAUUACAUUACACUGCGUUCAUACGUCGCGACAUGAUGAUAUCGUUGUUCAACAAAAGCUUGCGGUAUGUUCUCCCAUUCUUCAAUAACGACCUCUGUGAGCUGGUUGUGAUUAGAAACAGGGGGACUAUGACUUCGAAUCCUCUUUUUGAGAUAGUCCCAUAUUUGUUCUAUAGGAUUCAUAUACGGAGUGUUAGGUGGCCACUCCAAUAAAGAGAUAUUGAUAUAGUUUUAAAAAAUUUAAUUUCUAAACUUUCUCUGGUGAGCAAGGGUUUUUUGGCUGGUCUUCUGUUGCUUAAUCCUAGUGUCGAUUUUCACCAAAAUGAAUGAGGUGAGUUUUGAUAUGGAACGGCUCAAUUAAUAUAUUUUAUUUGACAUUGGUACACGUGAUGUCUCAUAAAAGAAUACAUGCAAAGCACCUCACGUUUUUGAUAGUUAACUAAUUUUUUUUUAUUAUUUUCGUUAGUCUUUGUUUUUUAUUUUUUCACGACUUCAACAGGUGACAGUAUAUUGUAGCAGUAGCACAAUUCUUCUUAUUCUUGUUAUGACCUAGCAGAACUAACCUAUUCGGCCAAAAAGUCCCUUCUUAUUAAAAAUAAAUGUUUAAGACACAUCUUUUAAUAUUCAUGUUACGUUGUAAUAUCUUUACAUACAAAAGAAAUAAAACUUCCAUCAAUAUUUAAUUUUUAGAAUAUAAAGUAAGUUUUUUUGACAAAAUUUAUUGUCAAAUUAUUAUUACAAAAUUUUUCAUUGAGUUUUAAAGUUUUGUUUUUAUUUAUUUUUAGUUAUUUGAAGUACUAACUUAUAAUAUUAAGUUUACGUUAUUUCAUAUUAAGUUAUAAAGCUUUUAGACAUACAGGUGUUCCUAAAUUCAUGCUACAAAAUUCAGUAAGUGAUUGCUCGUAUGCAAUUUGAGAUGGGUCUUCCUAUAACAAAAUUUCCUCAUCCCACUCUUCUUUUAAAUAUCACUUUUAAAAGAUGGUUACCAAAAUUGAGUUUCUAUUUUUUUUUAUUCUAUAAUUUUUGUGAAUUGGCAAAGUGUGUGAUUGUGAGUAUUUUUUCAAUAUUCUUGUGAUAUUAUACGGGGAUGAAAUUAGCAAUCCUUACUUUAUUUCAUACCAAAACUUUUUUCAAAAAGAAGUUUUAUGAAAUAAAAUUAUAACUCAAAAUCCUUGUUCUAUUUAGAAACAUUAAAAACAGGGUAGAGGUUGUCAUUUCCAACAUUUAUUAUUUUCCACUCAACCUAUUAAAAAAAUUAUGAUUUAUGUUUAUUUUUUUCCCUGUAGCUAUUGCUUUUGGGACAAAAUUUAAGAAUAAGAAAUAUUUUUAAAUAAAAUAAAGAUUUUGAUUUAUAAUUUAAUACUCCAUCUUUAAAAAAAAUUUUGGUAUUAAAUAAAGUAGAGGCUGCUGCUAAUUUCACCCUCUACAAUGUAAUAGGAAUAUCAAAAGAUAAUCGUCCUUUGCGAGUGCACGAAAAUUACAGAAUUUCAAGCUUCUAGCUCCACUUAUGUUUAAAAAUAAAAAACUCAAUUUUAGUUUAGUUUUCAGUUAAGGGUGAUAUCUCGGUAAGAGUUGGGCCGAGGAAACUUUGUUAUAUGAAAGAGCCAUCUUAAUUUCAUACGAACAAUCCCCUCCUGAAUUUUAUCGCAUGAAUUUAUGAACACCCUUUAUAUUAAUUAAUUUUAGAUAUAAAGUUAUUUGAUUCAAGAAUUCAUUUUAAUUUCAUAUUAAUCUAAACAAUUGUAUUAAAUAAUUGAUAUUAUAAUAGGAUUGAAUCUAGAGUAUAUUACCUACAAACUGAGAUUUACACAGUACAGAAUAUUCUUUGUGUAUUUAUGCUCUGGUUAAAUAUACUUACUCAAAAUGAUAUGUUUAUUGCAAUACAAAAUAAGAUGAAGUAUUUCACACGAUAUUGGAAUUUAAUUAAUGAAAUAAUAAGUAAAAUAAUUUUUUAAAAUUCGGAAACUCGAGUUCAUUAAUUGAGAAAUCUUUCUGAAGACUAAAAUGUACUUAACUUUGAAACAACAGUGAACUAGAUUCAUCAGAGAUAUGAUUUUUCAACAAAAAUAACUUUACACACUUCAUGCAGAAGCACUUUUCAUUCCAUUCAUAUUCACAUUCAAGAUUAUGAUAUUUGGAGAGUUGUUGAUUCGAAAUAUGAUGUAUAAGAGUAGUGGAUAUUCAUCGGCUAUACGGCUACAGUCUCUGUUAAUGAUUAUACCAGGGAAUUUUAGAUUGAUUCUUUCUUUGCUCACUUCGAAAAUAUCAGAUGUUUUGUUAUCUUUGUCUAUUAUAAGUUUUUUUGUUACAAUAUUUUUCUCAGUACGUUGUCCUUUUCUUAUACAAAUUAUUUUUCGUAUAUUAAUGCUAUUAGAUAGACAAGUUUCAGUACUCAUAUAAGAUUAUCAUCUUUCAUUACGGUCAUCUUCUAGAAGGGUAUACUUUUAUUAUAUUUCAAUUUUAGGGAAAAGUGUACUGCAAAAAAUACUUUUGGAUUUACCCUUAGAUCUAUAAAUUGAUGCACAUAAUUAUGGAUCCCCCAGUCUUGAUAAAAUGGUGUAUUUCUGAUAAAUUUGGUAUAUAUGCUUAAGAAAAAUGUGGUAAUAUCCUAUUUCCUCCUGAGCUAUUUAAUAACUAAAUUCCAAUAUUUUGUUUUUGCUGCAAAUGACUUAUUCCUUUUUGUGUUAUAUAAAAUGGAAAACGCAUUUGAGACAAUAAAUAUUAAUGUACUUAAGUUUCUUUCACGAAAAUGAUGAUUUUUAUUCAUUACUUUAGACUAUAAUUAAAAACAUUUAUGAAAGUCCUCAAUGAUAUGUAAAACGUUAUAACAGUAUUGUACUUGCCGAAAACAUGAAGGUUCCAGGAUAAAUUACAAUUUGUACAACGUGCCUUAAUUUUUAUGCUUUACAAUAAAGAUAUUGCUAUUGCCAUUUCUAAGGAUCCCUUCUGCGAUUUAUUGGAUUUCAUAUUUAUGCGGUUUUUCGAUAUUUCUUAUUGACCCCCUUUUUUAAUUCACGUGACAAAGUAGCUUAAGCAAUCUGAUUCUAUCCUUUUGGUUUAUCUACUUUAUAAUAAUGCUACUUAAUUUCUUGUUUUCUAUUAUGUGUCUCCUGAUGUUUUAUCGGAAAUCUCCCGUUGAAAAUUACGUUUUUGGAUUUAUUUUUGUUGUAUACCAUCCUCAAUUUGCAGCAAUAUGAUGACUUGUUUUUUUAUUGUUUGUAUUUCGUAAGGACUUUACAUUUUUUACUUCAAUGCUGUAUUACAUUAUUAUUUAUCUUAAUUAAAACUUUUUGUGUUCUUUUGGUAUAGUUUUCUUAAAGCAAUAAUUCAUUUACUGCAUUUAAGCAAACAAUUAUUCUAUAUAACUUAAUUAUUUAUCUUCAUAUUUUAUGGCUAUUUUCGUCCCCAUUUCUUGUGCUGACUGUAUAUUUAAUAUUUACAAAGUGCCUUUUAAAUCAAGAAUAUGAAAAUUUUGGAUUUAGAUAUAUUAGGGUGGUCGUUGAAAAUUAAAUUAUUUGAGAUACUCCCAAAAACAAACCUUUUUUUAUGAAGGAAUACUGGGAAUUUUUUUAAUAAUUAAAAAAAAACAAGUGCCUUUACAUGAUCUGAUUUAAUUUUUCGGUAUAAUCAUUUUUGUAAUUUUCAGGAAAAAUAUAAUUUUAUUCGAAUUUUAAGAAAUUGUAGAACUAAUAUUAAUAAAAAUAACAAAUAUUUGAUCGAAAUAACAAUAAACAAAAAUCUAAAUUGAGAAAUUUUCCCAGUUCAUUUUGUCUAUUAAAUAAAAAAUGAAAGAUAUUCAAAUUGAUAUUUUUAUUAAAAAUUCCAUAAGUACAAAUUUCAUUUUAAUAUUUAGAUUUCUUCACACCUCACGUAAGACUUCACUAAGGGUGUGUAGUAUUUCAUAACUUUUAAUAAAAGAUACAAUUCAGUUUACAAUUAAAAACAAUAAACACUCAAGAACAACACUUUGGAAUAUAUACCUAAAUGUUUUGAUUAUUGUAAUAUUUAUUUGAUAAUUUAUACAAAGUAUAUGAUACGAAUAUCGCCAACUAAAUUAUCUUGAAACUAUAGACGUAUGAAUGCGAGAAAAUUUUGGGCCUUCAAAGGAGACAUCCAGAGCAUGCGCAUAUAAUGAUUUUUUAUGCAUAUUCAUGAAAAUCAUUUAUAACUUAUAAGUAACUACUCACAGACGUAGAAAAAGCCCAAAAAUAGAAGAAAAAUUAAAUCAUGACCUCAAAUGACUAAGUAUAUUAAGCUCCUUACAAAGCUUUAUAAUAACAGUGAAGGCGUUUCAUCGUUAGCUAUUUUUAAAUCUCAAAAAAAUACUUCUUCCAAAUUUUAUAAGAUACUGGUCAACAACUUUUUUUUGUCAUACGAAAACUUAUACCAAAUGUUGAAUUUACUAUGACCACUAAACAAUAAAAUAUCAAUGGAAAAAAAUUGACACAUCAGGUUUCUUUGUGACAUCAAGACAUAUAUUUUUAUAAAAACUAUAGUGAUCACAACACUAAAAAUAUUCCUUAAUAUUCAAUAAAUAGCUAUGAUUUGUAAUUUUCCGCUUUAUGAUUUCCUAGGAAAUUUUGGACAACAUUCACAAAAUAUUUCCAGUCUACUUUUUCUAGAUCAUUCAGGUUUUUUCAUAGUUUGUAUCCUUCAUUAGCUCCUGAAUUUGUGAACCAACAAAUAUUCCCUCGUUAAUUUUUGCCAUGCUGAGUUUGGGACAUUUUUCUUUCAGUUAUAAGAAUCCACUGCCAUCUUUAGGCUUUUACAAAAUUUUUCAUCUGGUCGAUUUUUAUAUGCAACAGUGGUAAAAGUAUAUCGUCGGGGUUCGCUAAAGGAUCAUUUUAAGUUUGAACAAGUAUUCUGCGAGGAUGCCUUCUUGUUCUUUAUUAAAUAUCUCUCUUGGAGUACCAUAGUCAAAUAUCAAAUUUACAGGAUUAUCCUCCAUUCGUUCAAUAAAUCUUGAUAAUGGAGUUUUACUUAAUACAAAAUCUCGACACACCUCCCUUAAUGAUUUAUUUUCACAUAGAACUGAAUUUACUGUACGUCGCAUCAAUUCUAAGGAACUUCAUGUUCUUGUGAGUGUCUUUCAUAUCAGUACCAUGAGCAACCGGCACUGAAGGACAUUUGUUUCCGUUGUAUAGCAACACUGCUUCCAAGCUACUUUUUGAGGAGUCAAUGAACAAUCGCUAGUGUCUUGGAUCAUAUUCAAAAUUCAAUAAAUUCAUCAUUACAGGAAUGUUAUUACAAUAGACUGAAUCAUCUGCUUUAGAAAAGGUUUCAUUUCAUCGUCACGAUGUCGGAAGUAAGGAUUUUUCGUACCAGGAUAAAGUAAAUUCAAAUCGUUUGAUCUAUUCCCCAAAAGCUCAUCUUGUUUUUUGACAUAUUCAAAUCACGUACCAAAUCGUUUAAAUAUCCCUUUGAUUCAAUAAAUGCGGUUCUAUUGAAGUUGACGGUUCUUGAGAUACCUUAUCGGGUUAAUUACGUACAAAUUUUGGACUGGAAACUCAAUAAUGACUUUGGAGGCUUUGGCACAGGCAGUUCGGCACUAUGUAGGAUUGGUCGAUGAUAUGUUUGGAUACUGGAAAAUGUGUUGUCGCCUUUUAUUAGGAUCAAUCACAAAUAACAAUCACUUAAAUGAUAUUUUGGUUCCGUCCAAAUCAUUGGUACACCAAAAGGCAAAUGUUUGGAUUCUUGUUUAAUCCAACCUAAUAGAAUUCUCACACACGUUACACAACAUAUAUAUGGAACCCCGGAUUCAUCUUGGUGACACAGAUGAGAACGAAAAUAGUCUAAAUAGCACUUUUCACUGCUUCAUGCGGUGGAGUCGUGGUAUGCUGGCCUCUUCCAUCAAAACUUCUUGUGCUGAGUAUUUCUACAUCUGUUAGGUUUAAGUUUUCAUUCAAACAAUCAUUGUUUCUACUGACAUUUCACAUUUAUUGGAAAUAAUUCACUUUAGCGUUAAUUUGAUUGAAAAAUAUAAAAAUCAAAUUAAUUAUAAAAGUUCGAAAACUUCAUGAAAGAAAAUAACCAAUCGCAACUUUAAUGAGUACUUCUAUAAUUAUUAAAGACAUUUUAUGGGUCCGCAUCAUGGAACAUUCGUCUAGAUCUACUAAAAUGGGACGUAGCAUGCUGGGAAAGCCUUAAUGGCUCGACUGUAGUAGAGCGUCACAGUGAAAAAGUUACUGGCGUGACUUUUCCCUGAGAAGUAAAAGUUAAUUUUCCACACAUAAACGCAAUUUUUAUACAGUCGCCUAAAUUAAGUUAUUCAAACAAAAACACGUGAAUGCGGUUACAAAAGAAUAUACAGCUGUCACAAAAAAAACAAAAAGUGACUGAAACAAAAUAAUAUUUUUUUUAAUGAGGGGACAUCAAAACAAAUAAAAAUAAUCACAAAGCUCGUGUUUGUGGUUACCAUUGUUUUUAUAUCAAAAUAUUAACUUAGAUCGUAUUGUUUUGAAUUAAAAAAAGAUUAUUAAAAAGGAGUUUUUAGAGGUCGUCGCAAAAAAUUUAAUUUUCAUCGACCACCCUAAGAUAUAUUGAAAUACAUUUUACGGAAUAUCCAGCAAAAAUAUUUGAUGAAAAUUCUAUAUUUCUUAAUGGUACAUAACAUUUUUUGACACACUAUAUUAAAAAAAACCUAAUAAAAAUUCGUGUCCACAAAAAAAAAGUUCGUUUUGGUGUAAAAAUUAUUCAACAAAUGCAUCCAAACUCUGGGACAUAAUCGAUUCCUUAUAUUACAGGGAGAUUCCCUGAGUUGCCACCUUAUAUUAUUAGUUAUAAUCUCUAUAAUACAAGACUGGUACUCAACAAUUGUGAUAAAACUACAUUCCGAAUUUGUUAUUUGCUUGAAAAGAAUCAGGUCGAUUUUUACGUGUAUGAGACAUUUAAUUUUUUAUAUUUUCAUAUUGCAAGAUAUGUGAAUUGAAGUGAUAUUGGUACUUUAUUUUCAAUUGUACUUUUCUAUUGCUCUUAUCAAAUAUUUAUUUGGAAAAACCAAGAGGAGAAAUCGAUGAUUACUAUACUUAUUUAUUGCGUCUCAGAUUUCUAGGUAGUUUGUUACUUAUGGUUUUAAAGCUGUUACUAGUUUUGUACUGCCACACAAAAUACUCUUUCCCAGUAACGGCAACUUAUUUCAUAUUAUUGAAGAUAAGUAGUAUAGGGGUAAAAUGUAAUAAAAAUAAAUUAAUAGAAAGCAUCUACAGGAUGUUUUUAUAAAAAAAUUUCUUCAAUACAAAAAUAUAAAAAAUAAUGAGUGAAAUUAUGCUCAGGAAAAAUCGUCUGGUUACUAUUCAAUUGUUGUUUAAAUACUUUUUACAUUAUAGAAGUUGAAAUUAUAUAUUUUUCUAUAUAACUGGUCCCCUAUAUUCCAUGUUUACAAGGCUUUUGUCAUAACAAAAAAUGUCUGCGACUAAUGAUUAUAGAAUGGGAUUGGGUAAUUGUUGUUUAAAACUUAUGGUUUUAGGACAGUUGUUGAAACUGAAGGCAACUAUUUUGUUUAUUUCUAUAUUUAUUAAAUAUACUUUAUUUCACUAAUUAAGGGUUGUCUUUGGUUGACGGAAGUCGAUUGUCAUUGUUGUCAAUAGAUGGAGAAGGGUAUAUUUCAGAACCUUAAAUCAAAUGAGAGCUUACACUGUGAAAAUUUUGAUUGAAUAUUCGUUAAAUUGGGUAUUAUUUUAAACAUUUUGAGCUAGUAGUGUUGGUGUAUAGUUUAUCUCAAAUGAGCAUUAUAUCAAUCCAGAUAAAAAUUUUAGUAAGAUAUUUGUGAAAUAACAGAUUUAUUAAAAUUUCAAUGAUUGUUACUUGUAAGUAAAAUUAACAUAUUCAAAUAAUUAAUUUGUGAAACUACGAUUUACGAAUUACGAUUUCUUUCAUAAUAUUUUUCUCAUUUCCAAAUGAAAUUACAUUUUAAUUGUGUUAAUUCCUCAUUAUCACAAAUCCAGGAACAUGAUUUUUAUCUACCACAUUCCUAUCAUUAGAUUUAAGGUUCAUAUAGAUUUUUUUUUUGAAAGUAGACUAAGAAACAUUGUACAAAUCAUGGUGUAUACUUAUUUCAUUUAUUAUUAUUAUUAUUUUUUUUAUUAUAUAUUGGGUUUUAGUUUACUUAGUUAUAGAUUUAUAUAUAUAUUAACUGAUUCUGUCAACUUCAAAAAUACUAAUAGCUAUUAUUUUUGUCGGAAGACGGAAUCGGCUGUAGGUUCAGAUUAAGCCUCUUGCAUAGCUUUCGCUAGAUAUCUGAAUACGAUUUGGUGUUAUGCUUUUCACAUUCAUUAUUUUAACUUUUGGAGUGGUGUUGGCGAAUGGUUCAAUAUUUUUCAGAACAAAAUUCUAACUUUCCAAUAUAUUUUUAAUAAAUGCAACACAUCCUAUUGUGUGGUGAUCGCUAUAUCAUUAAUUGGAGGUAUUAAGAAAGUUUUAUUUCUGCUGCUUCAACUUCUUUAUCCAAUAAGUGUGAAUAAACUAACUUUUUUGUUACGCAUCAAAUAUAAAAAUACUUGGGAGUUUAUUAGGGGAGGAAAACACGGGAUUAAAGUGAACAAACAUCGAGUUAGUUUAAAAUCGUUGGAAACAUGACAUGAAAAAAGAUUAGAGAAUUAAUUUUCUCGGGACAUAUAUUUAUAAUUGAAGAAUUUAUUCUUCAGAAAUUCGAAAAAAGAAAAAAUAAAAAAACAGCGGAGUAGAAACAAAAAUAUCAAGUAAAAAACAUUCGACUCAAUAUAUCUCACCUUACCAAUUGGUACUACAGCUCGGUGUGAGCCUUGGCCUCCUCGACAAUUCAGCUCCAAACUGCUCUGUUCUUUACCAAUGUUCCCAUCCAUUCAGAUUCAUUGUUCAUUCAUGAACUUAAUCAGUCCAUCUGAUAAGCGUUCUGCCUCUUUUUCUACUGCUGUAUAUUUUGGUAUGCAUGAUUCUCUUAAGUAUCCGAUUUUCCUCCAUUCUUUGAAUGUGGCCAUAGCAACUUAACCUCUGGGCUGUAAUGAAUCGUACGAUAUUUUCAUAGCCUAGUAUUUAAUCGACUUUUCUAUUAUACUGAAUUUUUCAGUCCUUUACGAUCAUUAUAAUUCCUCCAUAUAUUCUUCUGAUAAUUUUUCUUUCAAAUAUUCUUAAUCUUUCUUGGGGUUUUUGUGUCAUCACUUAACAUUCACUGUCAUAAGUCUUCUUAAUAUUAGUUUGUUUUAUAGGAGCUUCAGAUUCGCAAAAUGAGCUCUUUGUAUUCUCCUGAAUACAUUCUGAUAUAUCUUCUGCUGUUUUUCCUUUCUUAUAGAUAAUUAUUUUAUUUUAUUUAUUUAUUUAUCUCAUGUCUUAAACUAGAAUAAUUCAUCAUUUAGUUGUAAGAUUGACUUACCAAAUAUCCUUCAUCGAUCAGAGAAUCAUACAGAGUGCUUAACAUGGCUUUUCCGUCCAUCAACAAUUUUAUAACAAUUUUUUUUUUUCCCAAAAAAUAGUUUGGGCGUACGAGCGCAGUAAAGUGUAGUUCAACACAAGUUUGAGCAGAAAUACUCAUUUCCACACCACCAUGAGUUAGAGAAAGCGGCUUGUUUUUGUGGUACCUCUAGUAAGCCUAAUCCAUAUCUGACUCACUACUUCCAAAUUUAGUUGAAUCUCCGUUGCUUUAUUGUUGUUGACAGACCAGGUAUUGUGCUUUCAUCGUCUUCAGUACUGAUUGAAAUAUCAACCACGGAAGUUUCUUCUGCAUCAUCGACGAUGGGAUCAUCAGCUUUGUCUGAUUGAGGAUAAUGUUUUGUUUUGUACAUCUUAGACUGAAUAUCCUCUGUAACUGCUUCUACCUUUACAAUACGUUUACGUUUUUCUAUAUUGUCACUUUUUUUCAUUGUACCACACUUACGUAAAUCAUUUAUACCCUGUACUUCUAAAGUAAACCACAUGCGCCUUAUUAGAAGUGACAGUAAUAAAAAUAUCAACAUAUUUUCUUAAUAGUUGUGCUUUCACUGUUUUUAUGUGUGGAUGGUGAUUACCUAAUUUUGGCCAUUAGUUUGUCCAGAGAAAACUGACACUCUUCGAGAUAUGAAUAAAUGUACUGCAUGGCAGAAUUAAUGUCGUUUGCAUAUAGACUUUUUAUUCUUUUUUUAGUUGGGUGCGUUUGGUACAAUUUCUUCAUGUAACAAUUGUGAUAUCGGCUGCGUCUAAAUCUUUAAUCUGCUCAAGACUUUCAACGAUUGCCCCAAUCAUCAUUACGAGCUUGAGCAAGCUCUGAAAUACUGUUUUCAUCGAUAAUUUACGCACACUAUACACAAUAUUACGAUCACAUAAACGAGUCUGCUUUUGCUUAGGUAUAAACUCUGCUGUUAUAUAAGCAGCACGCCACGUAAACAUGCUCACCACUAUUGAUGCUUCCGUCAAGUGUGAAUUGCGAAGUGUGAUUCGUUUUCUACAGGCUGAAGGCCAUAAUACUGUAGAAAUCCAUCAGAGAAUGAGUCGUGUGUAUGGGGAAAACUUCAUGAGUGAUGGUGUUGUGCGUGAAUGGUGUCGAAAGUUUAAAGAUGGCUGCCAUUUUUAUAUCACUUUCGACACACAUCGAUUUUACUACUACUACCACUAAAAGUUUGUAUUUAUUGUUUUUUCUUUUUACACUUGAUUUACGAAAAGUUUCCAAUCUUUUCUCCUUCAUUUUUUUGCAAUGUAUCACCCGAAAUAAAAGAGUUUACUUCAUUAGAAGCCUUGGCUCUGGAAAUGCAAACGACACUGUGAAAUGAUGAACAUUUACUGAAGACUAAGACUAAAUAUUUCUAUUGAGCUCCGCUAGAGCCAGAUGUUUCUUAGAAGGGUGAGAAGAGGCCUGACACAGAAGGGACGCAUUCCUUUAUACAUCAAGAGACAGACCAUAGUCAGCCGGGUUUUUAAUAUACAGUACAAUUUUUAACCUCAUUAUAAUUUUUAUAUUUGAAAAUUCUGAAAUAUGAGGAGUUUCAAUUAAAUAUUACGCGAAUUAUCUCGCCACUACUGAUGGGAAUCAUUUGAAAUGUGUUAACCAUAUAUUAAGUUAUACAAUAUGUCUCUUAUUUUAUAUUCCAUUAACUUAUUAUCUCGGAUUAUCUAAUUUCUGUCUUACAUCAAUGUGACUGUGAAGAAUCAUAAUUCUAAUUUAUCUAUUAUAUUCGUUAAGAUUUAUUGUAAACUAACCGUCCUCAACGUCUUACUUAAGCGGUUCCAUAUGUCCCUUAGACACUUGAAGUUCUAUCAACUUAUCAAAUUACUUACCCUUAUUUUUGUCUCGAUGUAACUCUAACGACCAUAAAUAUAAUUAAUUAUAGUUUUUAUAUACAAUAGGAUUAGUAUUUCAGAGAGCAUAAACGCGCAUAGUAUGUUCUUAAUAGUUUUCACUUCCAACGAGUAUAGUAGUUAGAUUAUUGAAACCACUUUAUUUAUUAAUAUUUAAUGUUAAUAAAUAGCUUCUUAAAAAGUUGUGAUUUGAGUUAUUUAACUCGCUCGUACGCCGAAAUUAUUGAUUGUAGUAAAAAAAUUAUGACAUAAAUUGUAGAAAAGUUUAUUUCAUUUUGUAUAAAUAUGUUUUUUCUGUAAAAUGCGUCGGAAAGGGGUUAUAAUAAAAAAAUUGCUUUUAAGCUUCAUUUUUCCUAUAUGGCGGCGCGAACAGCAAAGAUAUGAAGUGGAAAAGUUGAAAAUCGAAAAAAGUACGUCAAAAUCUAUGAAAUUGCUAAUUUUCAAAACUCCCGAAAAACUUUCCAGGUAACCUCAAUGUAUCCAACCAAAUGACUGUACUAAUAUAGCAAAAACGUUGAAUAAAAAAUAAUUAUUUUUUGAAAUAUCACGUUCAUGUAGGUACUGAUCCAAUAAUUGAUAUCGCGAUCACAAUCAUUUAACUGACUAAAAUAAAUUUUCUGAAAAAUUAAUUCAAUUUGAAAGUGAUGUUUUGUUCUGUGUUCAUUUGAUUAUUUUAUUACAGGAUGUAUUGGUGCAAACUUUAGUAUUUCAAAUUGAAAUACUCAAUUAACAUUUCAAUAAUAUAUAAGUAUUAAUCAAUAAUUUCAAUUUGCAAUAUUAAAAAAAAAAUAGUGGCUUACCCACAUUUAUUAAUAGAACUUAUUGCAUUUUACAUCGGGACUGGAUGAACAUAUUUGGAACAGUGAGUGUUUUAGGUAAGACUUAGAGAUACAUGUGCAAAACAAUGAGGCAGAUUAUACAAAUAUCUAUGAGAAAUCAACCUCUGCCAGUUCAAUAAUUUACUUAGUCCUCGUUGACAGGUUUGUGAGAGAUUCAUCUAACUCACUAACAAGGUUUAUGUUUGUAACAUAAUUUUUCAUUCCUUUAUGUUUUUUUUAUUGUUCCAAUAGUUUUCUUUACGUUAAACUCUUCAUCUUAUUCUCUUAUUCCAUUGUUAAUCAUUAUUAGCAGUGUAUAUUCUAUCAUCUUCAUUAGAGUUUCGUUAUUUGGUUAAUUGUUCAGGCUUACAGGUAUUUUUGUGUACACCUCUCGGGUAGUUCGGACUUUUACUUAUUACUCAGGAACUGUAUAUAAUAAUUCAAGAUUUAAGACUCUGUAGAAGAAAUAUUGUUUUGGUAUCCUGAACGAAAAUAAAGAUUUGAAAUAUAUGUGUUGUACGAGGCUUGUCCAUAAACUAGGAAUCCCUUCGCAAUAAAAAACAUUUUUAUUAUCAUUGAAUAAUAUAUUUUUGGAAAACUUUUCCAUGCGGUAUACCAUCUUCUUUAUAAGUCGUAGGAGUCUGCCGCCGCGAAGAUAGCUUGAAACCUCUUUUUUUCAGCUCUUCUUCGAAUGUGAAACGCGUUCCAAAUUAAGGUUGUACUUUCUUUUUUGGAUUCUUUGCACUAUUCGCGCACAUGUUGCACACUCAUAAAAUUUUCCUCAUUCACUUUACACAGUUGGGUAUGAAUGCCCACCGGAGGAACGUAUUUUACACGCAGAAAACGAAUCAUAGAGCAUAAUUCACACCUGGCGUGAGAAUGAAAUGGAAGCUUAGUCUUCCGCGGCUACCAAAUCAAGAAUGAACGCUCGCCGUGAUGGGAACUAGGAGAAAGGAAGCCAAUCUCACCAAAUCCCGAAGCUCCUUGGAAACCAUAUUUUAUGGACAAGCCUCGUAUAAAACGCCUACUAUUUUCAUUAGCAUUCGCUCUCUUGCACAUACAUUUGUUACGCUUGUUAUCCAUGGGUCUAAUAUGUUGAAAUUAUUCCCUGGAAAUGAGAUAAAGUUUUCUCUCUACUAUUUUCAAAAUUAAUAUUUAAUACCUGUUGAGCAUCUCUUAAUAUAUCUGCGAAACUUUAUGUUCACAUUCCCCAAAUUUCACAUUAAAAAUGUUUGUUCUAAAUCUAAUGAAAUUCUUGGAAUUACUGUUUAUCUAAUAGUUUCAAGACGUUGCGUUCAAAUGUAUAUAUUCCAGAUAAUCAAAAUUUUGUUGUAACGUUCUUAUAGUCUAGUCUAGAAGUACAAAUCGGUGUUAAUUCGAUAAAAUAUUACUAAAAUUAUGAGGAUUAACUCGUUCUAUCCGAAAUGAUGUGCGUUAAAACUUGAAUAGCACAUAAAAAUUUUUUAAAGUUAUAAGUUAUAAACAAUUAAACAACUUCAAACAAUAGGGUUUGGUUUUUCGCUUAAGGUCGUGAAUAAUAAAUAUUUUUGAAUUUUUAAAAAAAGUUUCUUCCUGGAACUAAACCUCCAUUAUUUAUAAUUUUAGAGUUAUCUCUAAAAAUAGCCUUCCGGAGAAAUUAAAAAAAAUAUUAUAUAAUCUUUACACUUUGAAGAAUUUAUUUCUGUUCGAAUUUUUUGUCUAAAUCAGUUUUUAUACAAAUGAAACGUUUGUUAAUUGACGAAAUUUUCGCAUACUUUCUUGAUCUUUCUUAACUAACGGAAAGUAUAAAAAACAAAAUAAAGAUUGUGUCAUAAAAGUUUCAAAAUAUUUAUAUAUAGUUAAAAAAUUUUAACAUUAUUGUUUUCCCUUUUUUGAUUUGAACUAGAAAAAAAUAUUAAAUAUUUUACGACGCUAUCUUAUUUUGUAUAUAUAUAUAUGUUACCGUUUUCAAUUAAUUCUAGUUUUGACAAGGAAAAAUUAGUUUUCUCAAACCUAUUCUGUUAAAAGUUGUUUUCGCUAGUCAAUACUAGUGUCGACUAGUAUCCUCGGCGUUAAAACUAUUUUUUUUAAUAUAUUUUUAGAAUUUUCAGUUGAAACUAUCUUUCAUUGGGAUUUCUACUAAAGGGAAACAGUGUUUCCCAUUGAAAAAUUUAUUAUUUCAAAAUUUUAUUCUAGUAGAACACUAAAGCUUCAGAAUUUUUCGUGGCAAAUUGGUUUUUUUUGUACAAACCGUGUUUAGAAACACAAUAUUUUUUCCAGAAGAAUCUUACGAAACCUUACCAUCCACCUGAGCCGGUGGAUGACAUUUCGGUUGAACUGCGAAGAGAUAAAGCUGUAUCUGAGAGUGAAUUCAAGUCUACAAUACAAUUAUAAUACGGACUAUAAAAUUUUAUUUCAAUUGACACCAUACAAAGAUUUAGUUAACUUUAUUUUUAUUAGUAAAAACUAGUUUCAACUGAAGAGGUUUGUGAGAACUAGUUUUCCUUAGUCAAAACUAAAAUUAACUGAAAACGGGUUUUAACUGUAUAUACAUACGUAGGAAGCGAAAAAAUUUUAACAGUUAUUCAAACAUUCUUUUAGCUCAGAAGAAAAUUUUGUUGAUUAACAAUCGUCUGGUUUGUUGGAAAAUUCCAACGGGAACAAAUUCUUCAAAGUGUUGAAGUUAUAGUCUAAUUUUUUUUGAAACUUUCAAUUCACUAUAAGUACCUUAAACAUUUUUUUCAAUCGACGUACUCGCUAUCGAGGCGGUGUUCGCAACCUAACAAUGACACGUGGAGGGCGAUUUUCCGCGUUAAAUUAUAAUUAUAAAUAAUGGAGGUACAAUUCCAGGAAUUGGAACUUUUUUUAGUGAAAUUCCUCGUCUUUAAGCUUUGUUUUAAAAAAUUGGAAAAAAUUUAUAAUUCAAGAGCUAUAAGCGAAAAACUAAACACUAUUUUUUGAAGCUCUUUAACUUUUAUGACUUGAAAUGUUUUAUGGGCAAAUUAAUUCUUUACAUAAAAGGAAAAUUCCAACGGGAACAAAUUCUUCAAAGUGUUGAGUUAUACUAUAUAUUUUUUGGAUCUUUAAAUUCACUAUAAGUACCUUAAAAAUUUUUUCUAAUUGACGUUUUCGCUUUCGAGGCGGUGUUCGCAACCUAUUAAUGACACGUGGAGGGCGAUUUUCCGCGUUAAAUUAUAAUUAGAAAUAAUGGAGGUACUUUUCUUGAAUCUGGAACUUUUUUAGUGAAUUUUCUCGUCUUUAAGCCGUGUUUUCAAAAAUUGGAAAAUAUUUAAAUUUCAAGAGCGAUAAGCGAAAAACCAAACUCUAUUUUUUGAAGCUGUUUAUGAUUUGAAAUGUUUUAUGGGCUAAUUAAUUCUUUACAUACAAGGAACUGAAUAUUAUUCUAGAUCGAAGGACUAAUACACAUAAUUUUAGUAAUAGUAUGUCGAAUAAACAUCGAUGUAAACUUACAAGGCCAAUUUAUAAACUUUAAUCUGUUUGCCGUUCGCGGGUGACAUUUGCCGUUUGACGUUCGUAGGAAAUUCUACACCCUGUUCAUAAAAUUGACGUUGUUGCCGUUAACCUAAAAUUUUGUUAUUCUUUUCGACGAAUGAAAUCGGGAUAUUUUUUUGUUUGUAGUCCGGUAUUUAUGAAUGAAAUUAUGGAGAAUAACGAAGAGCCAACAGAAAAAGAAAUAACUCCAACAUCAUGCUCUAACAUUAGACGUCAAAAUCACGUGACAAACGCAAACGUGUGAUGGAUUAUUUUGCUAUUGCUACGAAAAUAUCUACGAACGGCCGACGGAAAAAGAUAAAAUUCGUUUAUUUUGAAAGUUAUCAACGGCAGACCGAUCGGCAAACGGCAACUCUGAAUGGUCUUAAGCACUUCAAUGUUUUUAAUUUUGUAACAACAACCAUCAACGGCAUCGGAAAACGGAAAGUCAAGUUUAUGAAUCGGCAUUUAUAGACUAGACUGUGGAGAUUUGUCUAUUGAUAUACAAGUCAUUUACUACAGUUUAUAUGUACAAUGUUUUAGACAAAGCUACGUAUCCCUUAAAUGAACUUGUUUUUUUUAUUUGUUUGUGACAUCAGUAGUUGGCAGUCUAUCAACUGAUGUGCAUUAUUCUUCGUACUACACUUUACAUCUAUUAUUUUUUCUUUCGCUAAACAGUAUUCUGGAAAUUCUAGAAAUUUCGAACUUCGGACAAAAACAAAAUUUUUAUUUUUUUCUUAUCGUUGUUUUCUCUACAGCUUAAUAGUGUAUUUAUUUUUUAUUAAUUUAUCCUAUUGAUUUUUUUUAAAUAAUCACCGUUAAAAUUUCAAAGCAUAUUAUUAAUUUAUAAAUUCUUUCAAUGUAUUUUUUUUAAAAUUCUUACUUACUUAGUUUUUUAUUGAACAUUCAUAUAAAAGCUCUCUAAAAUUAUUAAAAAAAUAGGGUUGAUGGUAAAUAAAAGGGAAGGCCUGGAAAAAAUCCUUAAAUGUAUAUCCACAACAAAAACAGCUGGUUUUUUAAUACUUAAUUUUCAAUAUUCGAAAGAUUCUUUUCAGAUAUUUUGAAUUGAACCUUUUCCAUUUAAAGGAUGGGAUUGAUUUCUACAAAUUUUAUGUAAUUAUUGAAAUUUGUCUGGAGUCUGGAGUGGGUGUGUACUAACCGAAGGAAGGUAGUUUUGUAUGUAUACUAACUAUAUAUGGUGGACAUAUUUUUUCAGAAUGUCGAAAAUAUUUUCACCAAGCCUUAUUUACUUGUCUAGCGAAGGUUCCGUCUUUUCAUUUUGUGGUAACGGUAGGUAAAACACCAGAAAAUAAAGAGGUUGAAAAUUGACGAUUCACUUAUGAAAUCAGAUGUCAUCUUAAUAUGCAUGAAAUUAUCAAUACUAAUUUAAUUUGCGUAACGGUUUGGAUCAGCGGACAAUAAUUUUUGAAUUUAUAUUAAAUAUAAAGAAAUUUGUUGGUGAUACGUUUUUAUCAGAAAAUCUCCGUGUUUCGUAAUUAUUUUUUAUCUGAAGCCAUCUACAACUCCGUUGUUGGUAUUUUCUAGAUAUUGUGGAGUUUGGCACGAAUUGAAUUUACAAAUGGCUUCUUUACAGUAAAAGAAGCUAUAUAAUGAUAAUUACAAUAUUUCUGCAAAAGACCUUUAAAAGGAUUGCAAAAAAAUAAAUUUAAAAGCAAUCAGUUUUUCUCAAAAAGUAUUAUAAUUUAUAAUUAUCAACCGUUGAAAUGAUUCCUGCUUACAUAAUAUUCAAGAUUUUCUUCUACCUCCACUAUGCCAAUAAAUAUACAAAGGAGCUUUCCAGAAUUAUUUCGUGUUUUCCUAUUAGUUAUCCAUAAAAAAUGUUUAUAACAUUUUUUCGUUUUUCUUUAGGCCGGUUCAUUUUUUUCGCAUCAACUUUUUAGCAUAAUCUAUGAUAUUUGUUGUUUUUGAAUUACUUUCAAUCUAGUUAUUUCUAGUUUUACUAGACAUCUACUCUGGUACAGAUUGUCCAGAACCUCUAUCAUAAAAUUUGAGAAAGAAAUACUAGAUGUGAUUUUAUGUGUGUCUAACCUUAAGGUCCUUCGAAAGAUGCUGUUAGCGAGUGUUUGUAAGCAUAUGUCAAAAAACUUGCUACCCUCAAAUUUCAGACUUGGUCCAUUCUAUAAUCCUGAAAUUAUUAAUUGUUAAUAGUAUUUUUCACAAUCUAAGAAAUUGCCCUUAUUACUGAAACCUAUAUUAAAUUCGAUAAGACCCAAAAGUCAUAAAUUAUAAUAACUGGCAUUUUCCUUAUAGUAUAGUCAAAAAACUUGCUCUCUGCAAAUUUCAGACCUGAAAUUAUUAAUUGUUCAUAGUAUUUUUCACAAUUUGGUUUACAUUGUUGGGUUUCAAAUUUGAAUAUGAUGGGACUGUUGAAUUUUAAUCUUAAAUCUACCAAAUGAUAGACAAUAUAUUAAUAAAUAAAUUAUAUUUUAUUUAUUAGUAGAUAUUAUCUAGUUCAAUUUAGUUAUCGCCACUAUCUUGAAAAUCAAUUUUUUUACGGGUUCUGAACUACAUUUUUAAUUUCCAUUUUCAACAACUUGACCACACAACUGUUUAAAGUAGGUGUAUUAUUAUGAGCACGUCCAUUAGAUUUUAAUUUAUGCCAUAAAAAAUCAAUUGAAUAAUAUGGUGGAAGCCGAGGUAUUUCACUUUUUCCAUUACCGGAACCCGGUAUCUUAUUCUUUUGACAAAUAAAAUCCGAAAUAUUCUUUGCUGCCGAAAACAGACAUUUCUGGUAUCCAUCCUUCUUUUGACCCUGCAUCUAGAAUAGUUACUGUUUUACUUUUAUUAUACGGAGCUUUCGUGUAAUUUUUUUAACCAUCAACCCACCCUUUACUGGGUGUAUGAUGAAAUAUUUCGAAUAAAAACGACGUAUAGUACGCCACAAAGUUCUAGUGGAACAAUUAAUCUCACCAUUAGUUUCCUGGAAGUUUCCGUGAAGGUUGGCACUUUUUGUUCUGCAUACAUUCCAUGAAGAUUGCGGCGAAUUAAGCCUUCUUGAAAGAAAUCAAUGCACUUUGGUACAUCAUUGUCUUUUCGUGUUUUUUUAGGAGCUAUCGAUUUUUUCAAAAUUUUUCAAAUUGUACUUUCAGGGAUGCUCUUUCAAUGAAAAGUAUGUUUCGUGGCCUCUACUAACUCAAAUAUCAUGCCUGAACGGGCAAACAUUUGCGCCGUUUGGUAAACAUACUAUAGUCUAUUUCAGAAAGGUAUUGAGUAAUAAAAUUUUCGUCCAGUUCGGCUCAAUUUCGGUGUCGGCCAUAGGUGUAGGUCUUGAAAUAGUAUUGUUUGUAAUAUUAAAAUUUUAAGUAAUUGCGUAAGAGAAUUAAGAAAAGUAUGUUUUCUGGCCUGAAGUGUCAAUAUCGAAAUAUUGUCUAGGUAUUACUUAGGUAGUAGAUUAUACAGUUACGUUUUGCGUUUAUCAGGUACCGUUUAAUCUUCUAUUAGUACCUCUGCCUAAUUCCAAUCCUAUUUCAGUUUCGGCUUUCUUUUUUACGAGUAUCCGACUGACACGCCUUUGACACACUAUUUUCAGUGUUUGUGUAUGGAUAACAAUAGGCUAAACUCAUAUAUUGACACCAACCCGGGUGGUACUACCUGCACUUGAUAAAAAAAAAGAAUUUUACAAUGAAAUCAAUGCCAAGCUAUGAAAGUGGCUUAAAUAUUCGUUGGAUCACUCUUUGGUUCCUAUGCAUACCUAAUGAGGUUUUAUUACUCUCCGCUUUAGAAAGCCCAUGCGCAAUGUCGAACUUUGACACACUCUCUCCAACAAAUUGGCCGGUAUUUAACGAUAAAUGCUUCAAUACUAGCUUCCAGUGCGUCAAUCGUUGCUGGAUCACUGUAGACAUUAAUCUUAACAUGGUCCCAAAAGAAAUAGUCUAAAGACGUUAAAUAACACGAUCUAGGCAGCCAAUUGACGGGCCCCAAACGUGAAAUGAACUGUUCACCGAAGGCGGCUCUAAAUUUGGCCAUUUUCAGCGUGCCGUGUGGCAUGUGGCACCGUCUUGUUGAAACCAUAUGUCAGGAAUGUCCAAUUUUCCCAUUUUGGACAAAAAAAUCGUCAAUCAUCACACGGUAGCGCUCGCCAUUCACAGUAACAUUCCGGCCAUCGUUGCUUUUGAAGAAGUACUGUUCGAUGAUGCAACCGGCCCAUAAUCCACACCAAACAGUGACUUUUUCGGGAUGCAUUAGUAGCUCUUGCAAAGCUUCUGGCUGGUCCUCACUCCAGAUGUGGCAAUUUUGCUUGUUGACGUAUCUAUUCAACCAGAAAUGAGCUUCGUCGCACAAUUUUUCGGUAAAAAAGUGGAUCUCCCUCAAACUUUGCCAGCGCGCAUUCACCAAAUGUUAGACGUUAUGGGAGAUCGUGUGGCUUCAAUUCCUGCUCCAGCCGUAUAUUAAAGCCGUAUAUUAAAAAGACCCAAAUCCUUUCGCAAAAUUUUCCGCGUAGUGGAGUAACAGAGGCCCAAUUGCUGCGAACGGCGGCGAAUCGACAUUUCACGGUCAUCAGUAACACUGGCGGAUACAGCCGCGAUAUAUUCUUCGGUCCUCACUGUUUGUUUGCGUGUUAGUGGUUUAUUGUCUAAUAGUGUAAACUGGGUUCGAAAUUUAGUCCCAGCUUCCGAAUAGUUCCCUCAGUAGGCCGACUAAACUGCCCAUAAUAUCUUAACCGAGCAUGAAUUUUGAUAGUAAAAUUCAAUAAUUUCCAAGCGUUGUUCGUUCGUAAGUCGAUUAAUGAUUAACUUUUAGACCAAACGGAACAAGUUUGACAAUGACACAAGACACGAUUCUUGCGUGAUCUGUCAAAAAUAAUGUUGCCAAAAAGAUACCAGCAAAAAAAUCACUCGUUACAUUCUUCUGAUGUUCAUUUCAUGGAUAUUAACAAUUUCGAGAUGUGGUUCAAUUGGCAGAGGAAGAGUUACGGUUAAAUUGACAAUAUCAACAUUUUAUCUCUAUAACUCGUACAUUUUUUAUAUUUUUCGACUCGUGGUGUCAAAUUUAAAUAAUAAUUCACCUUUUUUUAUAAUAUGCAUAUAUAUUUUACCUAUUAAAAAUUAAUGAAGUGAAGUGUACACUAAACAAAUCCGUUAUUUUCUUCUGAUUUAAACAAUUUGCAGAUUUUUUAUCAACUAUUUUUUCAAGCUCAAACAAUGAACUGAAUAGAUAAUCCUCGAUAUCAUCAUAUCUUCCAACAAAGGUUCGUAGGUUGUUGAUUGCAGCUCUUUCUUUCUUUGUUAUUGCUGAAUCAGGAUGAUCAACGUCAUUUUCAUUAAUGUCAUCCUUAUCUAUAUUCUGAUUAACUAUGUCGAAGAUUUCAGUAUCAGUUAGUGUUCCAGUAGUAGCUAGACCUUCAUCAUAUGUCACAUAAUCUUCAAAUUGCACUUCUGUGUUUGGAAGUCUAUUCCAGUCAGCGUCCGGUUCAAGGGCUCUUCCGAAGCUUCUUCUUGUGGCAUCGAAAAACCUCAGUGAAACAAUUUGAUAUUGUAGUUUCAGAUACACUCCAAGACUUGUCUAUCAUCCUAAUUGCAUGUAGUACAUUAAUAGAUGUUAUUUCAUAUUUGCUAUUAGUUUCCUAACAAAUUUACUUUGAUUGGAAUUUUUUACUAAGCCUUGAUCUAAGGGCUGUACCUUAGGUGUUAUAUUGGGUGGAAAAAAUUUAACUUUCACUGCUUUCAAUGGCGGAAUUAUGUUGUGAGCUGUACAGUUGUCAAUGAAAAGUAAUAUUUCUCGUUUCUCUUUAUUCAUUUACUUACUAAUGAAUAUUUCGGCUAUAAUUCAGGCUUUCUUGUUAGCAUUAUAGUCUAGUGGUAGAGAUUCACAACCAGAAAAACACCGAGUCUUUCUAGCCUUUCCUAUAACUAAUGGCUUGAGUUUUUCAGAGCCUGUCAUGUUUGUUGCCAGCAAUGUUGUUAAUCGCUCUUUACUGUGCUUACCGCCAUGACAUUUUUCAUUUUUAAAAAAAAGUAUUUUAUCACAUAAGCACUUCUAUACUCCCAUAUAUCAAGAUGAUUUUAUUAAUUUUAUAUAUACUUGCCGCAUAAAUGUAACAAAUUUUGAAAUUUUUGAAGAGUUAAGACUUAAAAAUUUUUUUAAUCUAAUUUUGUCAUGUUAUGGGGCAUAGAAUUUCCCACCAUUUUGACGUCUUCAAUUUUUUAGUACGUGCAGAAGGAUAUGAGCGUGAAAUAUUCAAAUUUCAAUUGCACAAGUAGUGCUUGUAAGUAGAGAAUUCAAUAAUAGAGUCUUGAUAUAUUUUAGAUCUUCACUUCUUUGACCUUUUUAUAUGUUUUUCUUGCUAAAUCAUUUUGAUUUUAGGUCUCUUUUGAUUGAAAAUUAGUUUCUGACAAAGUUAAAAAUAUUGAUGUUUCGACCUAUUUCGGUCUUUAGCUCACCAACAACAUUAAUAUCGAAUAAAAAUGUCAAAAGUUUUGAGUCAAUAUUAUCACCUUUUCCAAGACGAUUGAUUAACAAAAAUAUAUUUUAGAUUAGGGACAAUAUUCCAUCUUCCAAAAAAUUGAUGCGAGAUCCAUUUUCUCGAACUAAUGGUAUAAGAUUCAUUAAAGUCAUUCAAUACAGUGGUAAUUAAGUUUAUUUAGAAUGGACAAUUGUCUAGUUCUUGAAAAUAGAUUACGGAUAUUUUGCAAAUAGUUUGAUGCACACAUUGAAAGACGAUCUCAUCUUUAGCACAAGUGCUCGAACGUUUUUCCGGGUUUCUCGAAUUCCCAGAAAGACCGCCUUCAAUAUUAGAAUACGUAUGCGAAUCCAUCCUAGUAUUUGCGAACGCCACUUUUCUACUUCACAAUGAGUGCAGUAGCUGUUCUAUUUAAAAAUGCUUUAGAUUCCGCGUGAAGCGCCCAAUAUGCUGAACAGACAAAGGUGAUGAAUGAUCCAAUGCGUUCGGUCGUACUUGGCAUGCUUUUCAAUUGCAGUGGCCUGGGCUGUACGGGGCUAGGUAUGAGGCAGCGUCAGCAGUGAUUAUCGAAUAACGCUGGCCUCUUCCUUUCCCAGACCCCUUCCACCUACUUCGACAAAUAUAGCUGUCUCGUCUCGAACGCCACCAUGUCCUCUCUUAACAAGGCUCCUCCUCUUGCGGUUGAGGGCAUGAAAGAUCUGUAAUAAUUUUAAGGGGAUCAGGGGGAGUGUAGCCAUACCCCAGUAUCAGGGCAUCCCGAAAUUUCUCUGCUGAAAGGUCUGUACUAUAAGUUAGUCUUAGAAGUUUAGCCAACCACUGCGAUGCUUAAUUAAUUGUUUUUCAACAUCAGUUCUUCGUUGUCUCUCAUUCUGUCUAACUAUUUCCAAGUGAUCCCAGUGUUCAUUCUUGUCAAGAGGUUCCCCCGACUGAAGUGCAUCGACUAAAUCGGGAAAUCCUAAAAGCCGAACGGGAUUUGUUAAGCUCAAGCCUCCUAAUGCGGCUGGUAAUUCACACGUUAUUAAACAUAUCACUGUCUAUUCCCCUGAUAUUUGUUUAAUAAAACAAUUAAUUCGAAACUCCACAAAAUGAUAUCUCAAAAAAAAUUUAUCACUAAUAAUAUACAAAAUUACUUUAGAAUUCACAAAAAGAUAUUCAUUCCAGAUAGUACGUUAUAAUUUACUAUAACUGCCGAUCAUAAACACGAUGUUACGUUUCCAAUUUCUAUGACCAUUUACGAUUCACCUUUCUUUCCCAAUUAAAAUGAUUGGAGUUGGAAUAUUUCGUAGGAAAUAGGAAAAGCCAAACAAAUUUGUUUUCACUGAUCAUAUGAUACUACAUGUUGUUUUUCUUUGGCCUCUUUGCGAAAUAUUCGGUUCGCUUUCAAAGAGAAAAAAAAAAACUAAAAGAAUGAAUAUCGAAACAAAUACUUCGACCAAAAAAGUCAUACUUCUUUAAAUGUAUGAAAGAUAUUGCCAGUAACUUCGAAAGUGGACAACAAACGGAACCUCAAGUUUAUAAAUCGAUCUUGAAUGUUUGCAGUAUAUUUUUCGAACAUUCACUUACCUUAUAUUUUACAUGAGGUAUAUUUUUCGAAAGUUCAUGUACCUUUGCAAAUUUUUAAACGAGUUUCUUCUAAGAAUGGUGGUAAACCUUUUAAAUGAAACAAUAUGGACUCUAAUGACAUAGAGAUGUAGUGCAAUAAUUAAGAUGAAAUCUGUAAAACGUAUCACUUGAAUUUCUUUAUAUAUAUCAAGAAAAAUACCUUAAUGUUGGUAGACACAUUCUGACAUUAACUUUCUCAAAAAGUUUUUAUAUUAACCAGUUACGUUUAUGUCUUGAGCUUCUGGUUAUUUACCUACUGGUGUUUCAAAGGUAAGAAUCCAUUUCUGUGAACACUUUAUUUUUCUGUAUUGUAUGCAGCUCUAGCGUUACAAUUUUGUUUUAAUAUACACUAAAUUAAUAAAUGUUUGUCACAAUAA